UCGCGAGGUUAGGGGAGAGCUGGGGGAGGUGACGUCACGCCCUGCUCUGAGCUGGUUUGUUGUGAAGAGCCGUGGAUGUGUCGGCUUUACGGAGAAUCGAUCACCCUCCUUUUUCUCCUUAACGGUUUUAGAGUUAGAAACGAAAGUCCGUCUCUGGACUACUUGUCAUUUCGUCGGUCCAUAAAUUGGCGCUGUUGUUUUUAUUGUUUCGGUUGAUUUUAUCUUUUGAAGAGAACGUGAGUCCCACAUUUCGUCAACAAAACGCCGUUUUUGAAGAAGUGCCCCUUUGUUCGUUGCAUUGUAUUUAAGUAACCCUAUCAACAUGGACAUUAACGGAUACAAAGAGAUUUUACUGCCGGAUCGAUUGGACAUCAAUAAAGUAACGGAAAUAACUAAUAUGUCUGAUAUCAUCGAGGCGACCCCGCACGGCUGCGAUAACGGAGCCCUGACGGACAGGUUCGGGGUGCUGAUCCAAGGGCUGCUUGGCGUCGUGGCGUUCAGCACUCUGAUGCUGAAGAGGUUCCGAGAACCUGCGAGCAUCAGACGACCAUGGCGGAUCUGGUUCUAUGACACGUCCAAGCAGGCCAUCGGGGCGCUGUUCAUCCACCUGGCCAACGUGUUCCUGUCCACGCUCACUGAGGAGGACCCCUGCUCUCUCUACUUAAUCAACUUCCUGUUGGACGCCACACUGGGGAUGCUGUUCAUCUGGGCGGGAGUCCGGCUGGUGUCCAAGCUGGUGGAGCACAAGCAGUGGACACUGCUCACGUUUGGAGAAUACGGUGACCCCCCCCAGGCUGCGGCAUGGCUGGGACAGUGUGGCUUCUACCUGGUCAUCAUGGUGCUGGAGAAGGCCGUGGUCAGCCUGGUGCUGCUGGUCCCCGGCUGGACCAACUUGCAGGCGGUGUUGCUAAGCUACAUCACUGAUCCCCAGCUGGAGCUGGUGGUUGUCAUGCUCAUCGUGCCCUUCAUAGUCAACUCCAUCAUGUUCUGGGUGGUGGACAGUCUGAUGAUGAGGAAGUACAAGACGACGAAGAGCAUGGAGGACUCGUGCGACAGCGGCCCCGGCCUCCCGCGGUCGGGCUCCCUGCCGUUCAUUGCCGACGACGAAUCCCAGGUGCUGCUGACUGUAGAUACAGACACGGAGGACGCCACUGAGGAAGAGGAGGAGGAGGGGGGUGAAGACCAGCUCAUCCCCACACCCCACUUCUCUGAGGGAGCCCCCAAACCCAGCUGGGUGGUGGUGUGACCCAGCCCACCCAGUACCACCUGGGGCCCCCAGAAUCCACAGGCAAUCCUAAGCCCGCCCACUACUACUAUAACCAAUGAGAAGGCAGCCAUAAGAGAACCUGUACCUCUUUGUCUUCUGUCUGUCACUCGUACACACACAGACAUGUACAGAGGAAUCUCAGGUAGUGAAUAUUUAACGAGAAUGCUGUGAUUUAUUAUUGAUUCAUUGAUUUCCUUUCUCGUUUUAAUUUGUCUCCUGAUCACCAUCGACACAAGGGUUCUUCAUAGUCAGAUCUGUGUGUGAGGCUCCAUUUUGAAGGCCCUUCCCCCUGUGGUUCUAACAUCCUUCUGACUUGUUUUCAGCGAUUGGAAACGACGCAGUGGGCGAGUAUGUAUCUCAGGUUUUCUUUGUGCCUUUUUUAAACCUUUUUUAUCGCUACUUCACCACAUUGCCGUGCUCUUCAGGGAACAUCACAGUGACCACAGUGGAACGUACCAAAGGGAAGUUCCUCGUUUCAUAGGGGCUUAAUUAGAGAGCGCACGCCACCUUUAACCAGAGGGGGGGAGACUUGGGUUCAGGUGACAGGUCUGCAAUGGUGGCAAAAGAAGGAAAAUUCAGAGGACUGGAUUCCCAAUUUAAAUUGUGGUCGUAUCGCCUUACCACUGAACUAGGCAGGGGUGAAACGUAUUAUAGGGUGAUCUCCUUAGAGGUGUUUCACAUCACAGAUUGGAUUGUGAUUGAUGAAGAGGUAGCCUUCACAAGUCUUCACUCGAAUGAUGUUACUUUAAAAGCCUUUCCUUUUGCUUUUAAUUAAAGUUCCUAGAGAAGUCUAUUUCAAACUUUUAUCAGGUAUGCAUUUUGAAAUGGAUAGAUUUGUGUGUGUACACUAGUUGUUGAUCAGUUAGUCACAAGAGAACAUUAAUUGAAUGUACAUUGGACCUGUACCUUUUAAUGACUAUAAUUGUGGAUACAAUCUUUAAUCUGCUCUUCCUGUCAGCCUCAUCGUUUCUCCGCGAAGAUUACAAACGCACAUAACUUCCGGAGAGUCCAUGUGUAGCUGUACAUUCUUUAGUUGCUAUAAUGGAGACUCUUCUCUGUUGUGGCAUUCUUCGGGGGGAAAACUGCCACUUUUACAAAGCUGUACAUAACAAGGGUGGGCUGUAAAAGUGGAACUGUUAUUAUGGAGAAAUUCACUACACAUUCCUGCAACAUUCCCUGUCACUGCUUUCUUGAUUCCAUAUUAUCUUUUGUUGCUUUUACUUUGGUAGCUUCUCUCAAUGAUUUGGAAGUGAACGCAUCAUUAAUGCAGAAAUAUGGUUUGUUUUGUAAUAACUGAAUACUGGAGCAGUCAAACCAAACUGAGUAAAAAAUAUAUUAUU